CACCCUCUGCACGCAGUGCUCUGGUAGGUUUCAUCCCGUUUACCCCUCCCCCAUCAUCACCCCUACCCCUCUACCCCACCGCACGCCCGCCUGCCCGCUCGCCCGGCCUUCUGUCAUCAACCUUUGGGACAAUUCUUCAUCACCGUCAUCAAACACCAUCUUCAAUCGACUUUGCGGCUGGAGACAGUGCAAUUGUUAACCAUCCCUACUCCAUCAGAUAGCACGGCAUUUCUCAUCGACUUCACUCGACAUGGCUUACACCGCCCGCAAGGUUGGCGCGCCCAAUACUCUCGAGCACCGCAUCUACAUCGAGAAGGAUGGCGUCCCUGUCUCCCCCUUCCACGACAUCCCGCUCUACGCCAACGAGCAGAAGACUCUCUUGAACAUGGUCGUUGAGAUUCCUCGCUGGACCAAUGGAAAGCUUGAGAUCUCCAAGGAGGAGCUCCUAAAUCCCAUCAAGCAGGAUAUCAAGAAGGGCAAACUCCGCUUCGUCCGCAACUGCUUCCCCCACAAGGGUUACCUCUGGAACUAUGGUGCUUUCCCUCAGACUUGGGAGGACCCCAACACCAUUCACCCCGAGACAAAGGCCAAGGGUGAUAACGACCCUCUCGACGUCUGCGAGAUUGGUGAGCACGUUGGCUACCCCGGCCAGAUCAAGCGCGUCAAGGUCCUUGGUAUCAUGGCUCUUCUUGACGAGGAGGAGACCGACUGGAAGGUCAUCGUUAUCGACGAGAAGGACCCUCUUGCCCCCAAGCUCAAUGACAUCGAGGACGUCGAGCGUCACCUUCCGGGUCUUCUGCGUGCCACCAACGAGUGGUUCCGCAUCUACAAGAUCCCCGACGGAAAGCCCGAGAACCAGUUCGCCUUCUCCGGCGAAUGUAAGAACAAGAAGUACGCCAUGGAUGUCAUCCGUGAGUGUGCUGAGGCUUGGGAGAAGUUGAUCACCGGCAAGACCGACCCCAACACCAUCUCGCUUUCUAAUCUUACUGUCUCCCACUCCUCCCACCGUGUGGACCCCUCCCAGAUCCCCCCGAUCCCCGCCAACGAGAAUAUGGCCCCCGCCCCCAUCGACCCCUCCGUCGACAAGUGGUUCUUCAUCUCUGGUGCCGCCAUGUAAGAUGGUACAUCUAUAGGUGGAAAAAUGAGCGUUUGUACUCUGGCUAGAGAGUCCGUGUGUGCGUCUGUUGUAGUUCAAUAGAAAUCACUACUUUUCUGGGG